AUGGAAUCAGCUGCAGGGAAAUCGAUGAUGAAGGGAGAGGUGUCAUUUCAAGUGAACUUUUGCAGAUACAACGUAGUGAACAUCGACGACGAACAAAAAAGCGGGAGAGAAACGCAUUGCUUCUCGAGCCUAACCCUAGGGUUAAAAGGGCGUGGCCAAACUGAACUCAGCAUCAACUCGUCGGAAUCUAAUUACACCAUGAGAGACUUCCAACAGUUCCUGAAAACCGCCUACAACCUCAAGAAAACAACCGCAAUCAACCUCCAAGGAGCCGCCCAAAAGCCAUCAGCUCGACCACGGCUUCUGAUCAUUUCCCGGAUGUACACUCGGACCUUCACAAACGUGGACGAGAUUGCAAAGACGUGCAGAGACGAGCUCAGGUACGAGGUUGCUGUCGCGGAGCCGUGCGAGGACACGUCGAGGUACGCGCGGGUGGUGAACUCGUGUGACGUCAUGGUGGGGGUCCACGGGGCCGGGCUGACGAACAUGGUGUUCUUGCCGGACAAGGCGGUGGUACUUGGUGCUGGCAGAGAACGCGACGGACGUCUGAAUCACCGGCGGUGGGACGUUCGGAUUGGGCGGCGCGGCGCGGCAUGA